CUUGGACAGGUACGAAUCCUGUCACUCUCACACUUUGGAUUGUGUUUGACAGCGCUGGGACCAGGGGUCGGACAAUUUAACGAGUCACAAAGUCACGUCUAAAAAAUGAAACUGGAAGUUUUUUGUGGGGGUCACUACGACUCAAAGCCCGUGGAGCUGUGCAGCGACGCCGAGGGCAGUAUCCCGUCCCCGCUGUCCGCGGAGGAGGAGCUGGGCUCGGAUGGAGACUGCGUUGCGCACAGUCCGCCACCUGUUACUCCGUGCGCGGACAGCAAAGGCAAGCCCUACACGCGGAGACCCAAACCGCCGUACUCCUACAUCGCUCUGAUCGCCAUGGCCAUCCGUGACUCGAAGUCGGGUCGACUGACUCUCGCCGAAAUCAACGACUACCUCAUGAAAAAGUUCCCGUUUUUUCGAGGCAGCUAUACGGGAUGGAGAAACUCCGUGCGCCACAAUCUGUCUCUGAACGACUGCUUUCUGAAGGUGCUGCGGGAUCCCUCCAGACCGUGGGGCAAGGACAACUACUGGAUGCUGAACCCGCACAGCGAGUACACCUUUGCGGAUGGAGUGUUUCGGCGGAGGAGAAAGCGCAUCAACAAAAAAGCCGGCAAAGAGCCAGAGGGGCCGAGCCAAGCUGCUAUAGUGGACACUACGCCUCCUUCCAGUUCCAAGUUCACGAGCUCCUUCGCCAUCGACAGCAUCCUCAGUCGACCUUAUAGGAAAGAGGAACGCCCUGCUCUCCAAACUGACACCUGGCUAGGGGGAGUGGAGAUGCCCCCUUAUGUCAUGCGUGGCUCCCCUGUCACUCUCCCGCACGUGCUUCGAUCCUACGGGGCACCCGAGGACCCUGCCAUGAGCUGCCGUCACCAAAAGGACUUCUUCCCGUUCCAGCUGACCUCCGAGUGCCUCUCGAUCCCGCACACGACCACAGUGGUACCGGUGCCAGCUUUUAGCGGCUAUCACCCGUUCAAGAUUGACUAUUUGUUGUCUUAAUGGUGUGAGGGUUUGGGCUGGGGAAUGUUGGCACUUUCUGUACUCAUGGCUCAUGUCAGAUACUAUUCGCAAAAUACAUUUCAUCAGCCUGUAUGUCGUCACAUAAUAAAUCGCUUCGGACACUUACUGGUACAUUGUGGAGAAAGUCUGAGUGGGGAGAUCACACAAAGUCAACCACUAAACUAUUGAAUUUUCUUAUUCGUCUUGUCCUACUGAACGAUUGCGUUUGUUCAUGUGUGUAUUUAUGAUGUUUUCGUCAUUUGUUUGUUAUUUGUGUUUGUUCUGAAUUGUGAUUUGUUGAACCAUUCGCCUCAAACUAUAUGACCUGUAUUCAUUUCAGAUUGACUCAACCUGAAGGUGAGGCUGUUGCAUAGUCGCAAACUGGAAUUAGAUUGUAGAAUUGAUUUUCCUGACAAAAAUGCAAGGGGCAUUUUAUACUGAAUAAUAAAAUAUAUU